UAUUGAGUCUAAUUCAUCAAGUGUAACUUAUGUAUUAACCAGAGUUUAAACAGGUUAAAGUCUCCAUAUAGAUUAUAGAUCUAGAUCUAGACUAGAUCUAGAUAUAAGUGUGCAGAAUUUAUAGGCUUUCAUCAUGGAAGAGAGCAUUGAAGCAGACAAUGGCAAUGCUGUGAUUGAGUAUUCACAAUUUGCUAAAACAUUGCAUUCGAAUGGAAUAAGUCUUAAUAAAUUACUUGAAGAUGUUAAUUUUUUCCAACCAUUACAAAGAUUAUCUUUGAGAGAUGUGCAUCAAGAUGAAAGUGUCAUACAUAUUCUUAAAAUGUUUCAUACAUUGGGGAUUGCAGCUAAGGAGGAUCUUAAUUCAAUAGCUAAAAUGAGGUCAAGCAAAGUGGAAGAUGUCCAGUACAAUAAUGGAAUUAGUCAAACGGAAGAAGAUGUAAAGAAUAUUGAAAAGUCGGAUGAAUGGAGUUGUUUCAAAAAACUUCAGGAAAAGUGCUGUGACUUGAUCAGAGAAAUAAAUACACAUUUGACUCUGUUUUUUAAGCAACAAUUUAAAGGAACAACAGAGUGUGGAAGACCAUCAGUUUCUUUCAAGGAGCAGGAUAUUAUCUCCACACAACUGCCAUUCUUCAUAGAAAAUGUACAUUCUCUUGAAAGCUCUUUGAAAGAAAUGAUGGUUUCUUUUAGAAGGAUCCAAGCUUUAAGACAUGCUGGUUUGACUGAAUGCUCAGCUGCAGUGGAGCAGCUUGAAACAACAAACCAACAACUAAACGAAAUUUUCAGAGAUGCUUACACCUUAGUUGAGAGUUGCGGAAAUGUUUACACCUUAGUUAAGACCAGUACAGCAUGUGAAGAAAUAAAAACAUGCCUUCAUUCUUUAAACAAAACUCUUAAGGCAAAUGGACAAUUUAUUGAGCAACAACCACCCUGUUGUAUAAAAGUAACAGAUGUCAAAGAUAAAAAAAAGACUUCAGAUUCAUUUAAGCUCAGUAUAAGAGUUUUUGGCAUGAAACAAGGCACACAUUGCCUAGGGCCCCUUGAAAUAUUCUUGUGUCAUGAAAGCCAAUGGAAAUCACAUGACGAACACAUUAGAGAGAAGCAACCACCAAUGCUGGUAGAGCAGCCAUCAGAACGAAAAAUGUCUGAAUCUGAUCAAGGCAUCCUGGUUGAACUUAAUGUCAACAUAGAGAAUUAUCAGCGAUGCAAGGGAAGAACUUCACCCAAGAGUUACGCACAUUUUGACAGAAUUGGAAUAGUACUAAACUUCACAGCACUACCAGAAAAAUUUGAAAGUGAAAUUAAAAUUGAGUGCCUUUCCCUUCCCUUCACUGUUGUAACUGGAAGCAACCAAAUAUGGCCAUACACAGGUGCUGUUGUCUGGUAUUGUUGGAUCCAGAAAGAUCUGUACAGCACACCAUUCAAGUGCCCCAGUGAGAUGAGCUUCAGUCAGCUGCUGGCCAUGAUACAAGCAAAACUAAAAUAUAUCAAUAGUGAUCUUUAUUUAAAUGAAGAAAAUGUUCUUGCACUGCAAAACAUAUUAAAAUCAUUGAAAAAAUGCAAGCAGAACAAUAAUAUGAUUGACAUGCACUCGCUACUUCAAAUGAAAAUGCCAAAGCAAGGUAAUCACACAAAUGGGGAGCAUACAUUCUCAUGCUAUACCUGGCUGGAAGCAGCAUUUAACACCAUUAACUUGUUCCAGAGCUAUGCGCAAAAAGGGGUUUUAUGGAGCUUCCUAUCACACAGACAGUGUGUAAAGCUGCUGAAAGGAAAGUCUGUUGGUACUGCAAUAGUUAGGAUUUCACUCAACAAUGUUGAGAAAGAAGAUUCUAUAUCUCCAUAUGCUGCACUUACAGUUCACAGUAACUAUAAUAAUAAUACUGUUGUUGAGAAAGCCUUAAAAGUGAGAGACCUCUACAUCUUCUUAUCAUCCCUAAAAAAUUCAGAGAAAGAAAUCUUGAUUGAGAACUUAAUCACAAGUGUAGUUGGUGAUAAUGUUCCGCUUUCUGAACUGAUACCAUCUUCAAAGCCUGUUAGAAAUGCUACUAUGAAUGAUUACUUGACCAAGACAUCUAAACAUGUGGAGAUCAUUUGUUCAAAGGAUGAUGCUGAAGAUGAAAAAGUUACAGAGCCAAACCUAUAUGCUGAAAGUUUAGCAACACCACCCAAACAAUUGAAAUAUUCAGCAGUAGAGCUCCCACCUGAUUUAGUUGAUGUUGAACCAAUGAUAACAAAAAACAUAAUCAACUUUGAACGUGGGAAUGAUCCAAUGUUUUGUGAAAACCAUGAACAUUCCAAUGAUGGUUUCUGAAACUCAGUAAUUUUGUGAAUAAUAUUGUGCGAUGAUCUAAUGACAAACCAUUAAAUAAAAUGACUGGAAAAAUAUGUGGUUGUACAUUCAAACAGUACAGCCACCAACACGCCCAUGUAUGAGGGACCGCAGUUAUGCCUUUUAAACUAGUAAUCUAGAAGCCAGGCUUGUCCUCAUUUCAGUUUGGAAUUCAGAUGUAAUCUCAGCACCAGAGUUUUAUAAAACAUGGAGGGUGAAUAAUCAACUAACUCUGUCUUUGUACCCUUGGUUCAGUGAAUGGACAGGCACUAUAUUGGUAUCCACAUAGCUCAAGAAUUAUUUGGGUAUACAAAAGAUGGUUGUGAAAAGUAAAUUAAGAAAUAGCUGAUUCUGCUUUGACAUCAUAGCUUAGAUGGUAACUUAGAUGGUAACUGAUUCUCUGUUGAAGGUCUAGUUUAAACACAGUGCUUUACAAAAUAAUUACAGUUUACUUGAUUUUUAGAUGUAUUUUUUAAUUAGAAAAAAGGUUGUGAGUGAUCUUUUUUUAGUUGAAUACUGUUAGUUAGAUAUAUUUAUUCUACUCUUAAAAAUCUUUCAUUUAUUUUUUUUUUACUUUCUCAUAUACAGUAUAUAGAGAAAAUAUUGCACAAAAACCACAAUACUUCAUAGUAUAGGGGACUUACUUUAAUCGGGCAAAAAUAAUAAAUGCAGAUUUAUCAAAAUGUCUGUGUUCUAUGCGUAAUCGAGUCAGAAAAACUGGGUUUUGCAAUUCUGUGUGUAUGCAUGUCUGUGAACACGAUAACUUGAGUACCAUUACAGCUAGGUUGAUUAAAUUUCAUAUACAAGUAUUAUCUCAAAUUUGUAGUUCUGUAUCAACUUUUCAGUGAUUUCCAGUAACUGGAAGUGGAACUUAUUGUAUUUUUGGUUUUUCAAAAGCCUAUAACUUGAUUACUGUUUCAGGUAGAUAAAUAAAAUUUUACAUGUAAGUAAAAGUUCUAAUUCUCUGACUUCUGUAGAAUUUUGAGUAAUUUCCAUUGAUCGGAAGUAGUAAUUUACGCUAUUUCUGAUUUCUCAAAAAAAACGAAUGUGAAUUUAUAAAGUACUAAUAAUAUUCCGCACUAUUAUACAGAUUUUUUGGUGUUCACUUGGUGCUCAAUUCUUUUUUCUACAAGCUUCUAUUCUAUUAUAAAAAGUUUAAGUAAUUAAAAAUGGAUUUAAAUCAUGUCUAUAUCCCGAGGUGCCAUCUCCCGUAGUGUUAUAUAAGAAUAUUCGAGAAAGUUUAGGGUAGAUCACUCCCGCUUUAUUUUACUUUAUUUCAUCAACUUCAUCACAAACUUUGAAAAUGUAUAUAUAUGUUACCAUCAGUUUCUAGUAUGCAAUAUCUAGAAACAUUUUUUAUUUCAUACUUUGCCUAGACAUUUUAUAAAAAAUGUUAAUGUAUGUAAAAUAACAGAAGAAAUACAAAAGUAACAGUUAUAAAAUGUAAUGCUUUGUUAAAGUUUUAAAUAAAGUAUUAAAAAGAAACGAAAACAAAUGUACAAAGUUAAACCCUAACCAUAUGAUAGUGGGUUAAGGUAAGGCCCUACAUCUCAGCAUCCUUUGAGCACUUAAAUUUUUAUCUAGAUUUUUCUUGUUGCUUAUGUGUAAAGAGACAUUCACCACUAUACGGUUUCAUUACCUUUUGUCUCAAAUACUUACACCUUGCUUGUUCUGUUAAUCAUUCUAUAGAAAGCCUAGGUAAAGUACAAUAUAUAAUUUGUUUCAUACCUCUGCUGACUCAUUCCAUAUUUUCUAUAAGUUGCCUGGUUUUGAACAUAAUUUUUUUUUUCAUGUUUUGAAAUUUUCCCAGAUGCUUUCAUGUAAAAAUCAAGUGCCUAAUUAUAAACACAUAUAGAUCUAUUUGGAUGAAAUAAAAUUAUGCAAGCCAAAUUAUCAAAGAGUAAGCCUACAUCUUAUUUACCCAGACAUAGCUCACAGUGUAGGGAAUCUGGUUAAUCUAUUAUUAUUUUUAUUGAGAGCUUGGCCCUAAACUUUGGCGUAAAGUAUCUUUGGUUUCUUCUGUACCAGUGACAAAAGUUUACUGUCUGGGGAAAUUUAGGUCCCUGUGACUGUCCACUUUAUAUUUAACAUCUAGAUGCUUUAAGUAACUAAAAACACAAAACUGCAACUAUCCUAUGUAAAUUUUGUACAUUGAAACAGCAUGUUAUAAAAAAUUGUUGCUGUAUCUGCAACAAUAACUAGGCAUACCUCUGCUGUUAAAACAGAAAUAAGACUUAUGGCCAUUUGACUAAAAAAUAUAAAUCUGUAUGUAACUACAGUAAACUAUUUUUUACUCUUCCUUCAAAAACCAAAAACAAGCUUAAUAAAACUGCAUCAGUUUUGGUUGAUCUGGAAAUUACUAUUUAACAAAUGCUCCUCUUAUAUUUAUUCUCUUAAAACAUUUUGUUUUUCUCAACUAAUUCUAGAUUCUGCUUUUUAUAUUUAACAAUAAACAUUUGAUGGGGAAAAUAUCAAUUACUACCUGUGUAUAAAUGUGUUAUGAGGUUAACAUACAAAAACAAUGUGAUAUUUAAUUGGGGGGGGGGGGGGUGAUAAUGGAAGAUUGCUGAUUUGUGAAGAAUGAAAGUAAAUAAUAUUUUAAUUGUGAACGUCAUAUAGAUGACACACUAGCAACAUUUUUUUGAUGACGUAAAUUGUAAAUUAUGAAACAAUAAAUAAAGUAAA